GAGGAGUCUCCAGAGGUGGUUCAUUCGCCCGCGCAUCGACCUCGUAAAGACAGAGGUUUGCCCUGGGCGUUUCCUGGGUGGGUGGGUCAGGGUAAGAGCUGGCCCUAUGACUUCCCAGACAUCACUGCAGCAUACGUGGUGAAAUGGAUCCUCGGUGCCAAGCAGUACCAUGACCUGGACAUCCACUAUGUGGGGAUCUGGAAUGAGCGAAACUUUGACAGCAAGUACAUCAAGCUACUGCGCUACACUCUGGAUAAGAGUGGUCUGGAGGGGGUCCGGAUCAUAGCCAGUGACAACCUGUGGCAGCCCAUCACCCUGUCUCUGCUGCAAGACCCCGAGCUGGGGGGGGCUGUAGACGUGAUAGGGGCCCACUACCCAGGCACCACCACAGUGAAGGAGGCCCUGCAGACCCAGAAGAAGCUUUGGUCCUCGGAGGACUACAGCUCAGUGAAUGACGAGGUGGGUGGGGGCUGCUGGGCCCGCAUCCUCAACCAGAACUACGUCAAUGGAUUCAUGACAGCAUCAGGCACCUUGGUGAGGUUGGGACCGACAGCGUUGUCCAGCUGUGUGUUGACGACUGUCUCCUUCAGCACCAUCUCCUGGAACCUGGUGUCCAGCUACUACGAGGAUCUGCCGUUCGGCCGGGACGGGCUGAUGACGGCCGAGGAGCCGUGGAGCGGGCACUACGAGGUGGCCCCCCCCAUCUGGAUCACAGCCCACACCACACAGUUCACCCAGCCAGGGUGGAGCUACCUGCAGACUGUGGGACACCUGGCGCAGGGCGGGACUUAUGUAGCCCUGACGGACGGGAGGGGAAGCCUCACUGUUGUCAUAGAAACCAUGACUCAUGAUCAUUCAGUAUGCAUUAGACCUCCACUCCCCCCCUUCAAUGUGACCUCCCAGAAUGCAACUUUCCAGCUGAAGGGAUCCUUUGCCUCCAUUAAGGAACUCCAAGUAUGGCGGUCUCAGUUUAACUUCAAAACGAAAAAGCCCUCCUUCUUCCAGAAACGAACUCCUCUGACGCUUGUGGACGGUUCGUUCACCUUGAGCGUGGCUGAAGAUGAGGUUUACACUUUAACCACAGUGACCUCAGGACAGAAAGGCAGUUACCCCGGCUCCCCCCCCUCUGCUCGCUUCCCCAGACAAUACAAGGACAACUUUGAUGUUCGAAACCCCCCCUUCUCUGAGGCUCCAAACUUUGCCGACCAGACGGGGGUGUUUGAGUACUACCUCAACCUGACGGACCCCGGGGCUCACAGCUUCACUUUACGCCAGGUUCUGACUGAGAGACCCAUCACGUGGGCCGCUGACGCUGACCAGACCAUCAGCGUCAUCGGAGACCACCAGUGGCAGAACGUGACGGUCAGCUGUGAUGUGUUCAUGGAGAGCGUGAAGACCGGGGGAGUGUUCAUAGCAGCGCGGGUGGAUAAAGGAGGGCAGUGCGUCCGCAGCGCUCAGGGGGUCUUCUUCUGGGUGUUUGCAGACGGCACAUACAAAGUGACCAAUGAUCUCGCUGGACAGACUGUCCUGGCAGAGGGACAGUCUGGGACCCGGGCGUACGGCUGGCACACCUUAACUCUCACUGUGGAGGGUCAGUAUGCGUCAGGUCUGCUGAAUGGUUACCCUCUGUGGAAGAAUGCUGUGGUGCUGGCCCCCCCCAACGGCUGGGCGGCUUUAGGAACACACUCCUUUGAACUGGCUCAGUUUGAUAACUUUGCUGUGCUGGCAGAGUGAGGAUUUAACAGUGGAACAAUGAUCUGCACAAUGCUUUGAAAGUGUGAUGAAUGCCUUUAUUAACACUUAAUUGUGCUUAAUAUAUACUUAACUUUUCUUCCUUUUAAAAUGUUUAAUCUGAAAUAAUUGUAAAUAAUUUGCACUGAUUUGUAUUAUAAUGGGAUAAAUGAUUUUUAAAUGUUUACAUUUUUGUUUUAUUGUAAUGUUUUUACAUUUAAAUGGCUGAAAUAAUAAAAUAAAUGAUAAUGAGCUGGCUACAAGACAUUUA